AUGAAGGCUUCCUUGAUCACCGCAUUCUUCCUCCCCCUUCUCGCUCUUGGGGCUCCGCCUCCUCCGGCAGAUCCGCCAGCCAAUAUCCAAGUCACAGCACGACACCCGGGAUGUAAAGAAGUCGACAAGCUGCCCAUGCAGGCUGCCGGACAGUCAUUCUGGCUAGGCGGCUCUCCAGCUACUUACUGCCCAGAAAUAGUUGGUGACGCCUGUCCACCAGGGAACGCUACCGUCAUCCUCGGAUUGAACAGCAUGAGUGUGCUCGUCCCCGGUGGCCAGCAGAUGUACGUCGAGCCUAGCGGUAAGCUCGGCUUCACCCAGGCGCAUUCCGCAUACAUUCCACCAGGAUCGUAUGUCGGCGGCUUUGCCUACAAGCCUCUCAACAAGAAAUUCGGCAGCUUCUACUUCGGCGGCUGGGGUGCCACUGCGCUGAUGGCUUGCCCUGUCCCAAACAACAAGUACUAUCAAGUUUUCGCCAACAUCAAGGACGCCAAGGUCCCUGGCGGAGACGUCAAGCAGUGUGUUGAGUUCGUUGGAGUCGCAAAGGCGUAUGAGGGUGCCACGCCUGCUGCCUGGCAGUACACCUAA